CGCUAGCUUAGCUAGACCAAACCACUUGAUCAACAUACAAGGAAAAGGAAGAAGAAGAGAAACUAAAAAUGGCUUCUUUCACAUUCCUUCUUCCUCUUCUCCUCCUCUUCAUCUCUCUUCUCCACCCACAUUUGGUCUCCUCCUCCGUCCAAGACCCCGACCUCGUCGUCCAAGACUUCCACAGGGCAAUGAACGAGUCAAGAAGGAAGCUGUCCUACUUAUCCUGCGGGACAGGGAACCCCAUCGACGACUGCUGGCGGUGCGACCCAAACUGGUCAAAAAACCGCCAGCGCCUCGCCAACUGCGCCAUAGGGUUCGGCAAGAACGCCAUCGGUGGCCGAAACGGCAGGAUCUACGUGGUCACCGACUCCAGCGACAACGACGCCGUGAACCCAAAGCCCGGAACCCUCCGUUACGCCGUUAUCCAGGACGAGCCGCUGUGGAUCACGUUCCAGCGCGACAUGGUGAUCACGCUGAAGCAGGAGCUGGUGAUGAACUCCUUCAAGACCAUCGACGGCCGUGGGGCCAGCGUCCACGUGUCCGGCGGCCCGUGCAUCACCAUUCACUACGCCACCAACAUUAUAAUCCACGGGAUCAACAUCCACGACUGCAAGCAAGGAGGCAACGCCAACAUACGCGACUCCCCUCAUCACUCCGGGUGGUGGACCCCGUCGGACGGCGACGGGAUCUCCGUCUUCGCCAGCAAGCACGUCUGGAUCGAUCAUUGCACCAUGUCCAACUGCAGGGACGGGCUCAUCGACGUCAUCCACGGUUCGACCGCCGUCACGAUUUCGAACAACCACUUCACCCAUCACGAUAAGGUCAUGCUGCUGGGGCACAAGGACUCGUACGUUCAGGACAGGAACAUGCAGGUGACGGUGGCGUUCAACCAUUUCGGGGAAGGGCUGGUGCAGAGGAUGCCGAGGUGCAGGAACGGCUACUUCCACGUGGCGAACAACGACUACACGCACUGGGAGAUGUACGCGAUUGGAGGGAGCGCGUCGCCCACCAUCAACAGCCAGGGGAACAGGUUCCUGGCGCCCAACGACCAUUCGAAGAAGGAGGUGACGAAGCACGAGGACGCGCCGGAGGGCGAGUGGAGGAGGUGGAACUGGAGAUCCGAGGGCGACUUGCUGCUGAACGGGGCCUUCUUCCGCCAGUCCGGAGCCGGGGCCGGUACUUUUGCCAGAGCUUCUAGCCUGAGCGCUCGGCCGGCUUCUUUCGUCGCCGCCAUGACUAGCACCGCCGGUGCGCUCACGUGCCGGAAGGGUAACCAUUGCUGACUAUACCGACCAUGAAGUCAACGGUGUCAAGUCGCAUCCAUAUCAUUAUCAAGGCCUUGAACUUGAUGACGAUAAUAUAUAAUAAUAUUACAGAAUUUAUGAGCGAGGGCUAAGCUAUGUACGGUGUACCAAUCGCGGC